CAACUGUUCCAGUUCGUUUUCAAACAAAGAGAGGGAUAUAAGGAUUUUCUCCUGAUCAUCAUUAUCAUCAUUUUAAUCAACAAAAAUUUCAAUAAUUGAAUUUCAACAAUCCGUCAUUGACGUUUCAUUCACUCAUUUUCAAUAACCAUAUAAAUAAAAUAAAUAAUAAAAAAAGACCCGAUAAAUGUUGAAUUGCCUGUUAAAACAAAGUUCGAAACUGGUUGUUGGGCGAAUACACCGAUCAACAACAACAACAUUAUUUGUAUUUAAUAGAAAUCUUUCGAAAAACAAUUUUCAUUUGUUUUUAAAUUGUCGUCAAAUUCUUACAAAUAGCAGACCAACGACAUUGUUUCAAUCAAGCAUUAAUAAUAAUCAAAAGUUUGCCAUCCAUACAUCAUCGAAAAUAAUGAAUAAAAACAAAGCAACUUUGAUUGGUGUUUAUGAGAAUAGUAACAAUAAAGAUACAUUUGUAUUUACACCAAGUGGUAAAAAAAUUAACUCAUCAGUCAAUGGAUUAAUUGAAAAACAAUUAAAUAUUGUUGGACCAGUGAAAAAAGGUAAAGUUCGUAUUCUAUACGAUUUAAGUCCUGAAUUUCCUGUUGUCGGUAUUGUUGGUCUUGGUCCGGAAACGGCUACAUUCAAUGAAUUAGAAGAAUUGGAUGAAAAAUUGGAAAAUAUUCGUUCAGCUAUUGCUAAUGGUGUACGAUCAUUACGUGAUCUUGGAUCUAUUGAUGAAAUUAAUGUCGAUGGUUGUUUAAAUCCAAAAGCAGCAUCUGAAGGUGCUAAUCUUGGUCUUUAUUAUUUUGAUGAAUUAAAAUCGGCUGCAUUGAAAAAAUCCAAAGUUGAACUUCAUUUAUUAGCUGAUGGAAUUUCCGAUGAAAAUGAAUGGAAUGCUGGAGUUCUAUUAUCAAAUGGCCAGAAUCUUUGUCGAACAUUGAUGGAAAAUCCGGCAAAUCUAAUGACACCAACAAAAUUUGCACAAAUUGCUGUCGAAACUUUUUCCAAACUCAAUGUUACCGUACAUGUUCGAGAUAAAGCAUGGGCCGAAUCAAUGAAAAUGGGUUCAUUUUUGAGCGUUGCAAAAGGUUCGGAUGAACCACCGGUUUUCCUUGAGGUUCAUUAUAAUAAUGCACCAAAUACUAAACCAUUAGUGUUUGUUGGCAAAGGAAUUACAUUCGAUAGUGGUGGAAUAUCAUUGAAAGCAUCAUCCAAUAUGGAUAGAAUGCGUGCCGAUAUGGGUGGUGCUGCUAAUGUUUUAAGUACUAUUUAUACAUUGGCAAGCAAAAAAUCACCGGUCAACAUUAUUGGAUUGAUGCCAUUAUGUGAAAAUAUGCCAAAUGGACGAGCCAACAAACCGGGUGAUGUUGUCACAGCAAUGAAUGGCAAAACUAUUCAGAUUAAUAAUACCGAUGCUGAAGGUCGUUUAAUUUUGGCCGAUGGUCUUUGCUACGCACAUAAAUUUGAUCCAUUUUUACUAAUGGAUAUUGCAACAUUGACCGGUGCAAUCGGUGUUGCACUUGGUUCAUCAGCUACCGGUGUAUUUUCAACAUCAAACAAAUAUUGGACAAUGUUACAAAAAUGUGGUGUUGAAACUGGUGAUCGUAUGUGGCGAAUGCCAUUAUUCAAUCAUUUCACCAAACAGACAACCGACAGUCAAUUAGCCGAUUUAUGCAAUAUUGGAAAAUAUGUUGGACAAGGUGGUAGCUGUAUUGCUGCAGCUUUUCUUCGUGAAUUUGUUACCUGUAAUUCUUGGAUACAUUUCGAUAUUGCUGGUGUAAUGGACAACAAAGAUGAAGUGGCCUAUUUAUCCAAAGGGAUGUCUGGCCGUCCAUUACGUACAUUGGUACGAUUCGUUGAAGAAAUUUUUGAAAACAAAGCAUUUUGAACAAUAUAA